CCAAUGUAUCACAACGACCAGCCACGAUGCACGGCGCGGAGGUGCUGGCUUCCGGUGACACACUACCAGAGCAAAACGGCCCCGGGAAGAUGUUGACGACGACAUGUGUCAUGUCUGACACGUCGAGGGUGUCCGAGAAUCCGGUCGAAGUGCCUCGCGGAGCGUCGUGGUCGACUUCGGCGAGCACGCUUGCCCAAGAGGACGCACCCACCCCCAUGUUACAAGCCGUCGAGGACGAAUACACGCGCGUCGAACUGGAUUGCGUGCCUCUGCCUCCGCUCCCCCCAUCAGCUCGGGGGAGGGUGGCCUCAAGGGUCCGGAGCAGGGCGGAGCACCGCGAGCCCUCCAGCUCGUCAGGCAGUGAGGCGUCCUGUCGAAACGACGCACCACGUCACUUUGCCUGGGGGCGGUUGCGAAAACGACGGACGGCGAGGAAGUUGUCGUCGCGAUCUAAGGGCAUGUGGGGCCACGGCACGGACCAUUGGAUGUCGCCCUGGGCGAGCCGUGCAGGAGGCACCAGCUCCAGCAGCUCGGCCACCGUCCCGACCAGCAGCACGACAGACUCCAGCAGCUCCAGCACCUCGCCCACCGCCCCGUCCCCCAUGGCCACAGACUCCAGCAGCAGCUCCUCCUCCCCGGAGUCACCCCUGCCAACCGCCCCUAACGAAUCGCCUCCACGCUCCGCCAUCUCUCUAGAGGACGCCGUCGUCGUGAGGACGACGUCCGCCGAGCAGAACGAAGCGCGGCGCAGUCUCUGGGACAUCACCGUGGCGAUGUCCAAGUCCACCGUGACCGUCGCGCUGGUCCAGCCUGACCGCAGCGUCCUGUACCGCAUCCCUCUGGUGUGGCUGCUGUCCGAACUGGGCGUCUGCGCGAACAAUGAGAACACCAAGGCCCUCCUGAACUUCGGGGGAGGGGGGUGUUCGCACGCACCGGUGACCGUGAACGUCGCGAGAAUGUUUAGGCCCCUUGAGGGCGAAGACGACCUGGCGCGCAUGCCUCUCGGUCGACUUCUCAAGGAGUCGCCCCCCAGGAUGCCGACGGCAGCAGAGCAGGCGACCCUGACUCUUAGGAGGCCCUGGCACGGGGAUGGCGCCCUCGCACCGCUCAAGGACGUCGACGCUACGCCAGCCCACCUGACCGCGGCUCUGUGCGAGGGUUCGCGGGGUCCCCGUGGGGUCGCGGCCUCCAAGUGGACGAGAAAGUGUCGUCGAAAGACGACCCUCGCUCUCCGAGAGCUUUUCCGCGACGGCGGUCUCGUCUCUGUCUUGCACAGGGUGCGCACCGCUCCUGGUCUCCCGGCGUCAGACGCGGGUGCCGCAGUUCGGCGGGAGGCCGAGUGCCCCGCAGUCCACAGCGCCCCGGUGCUGAGCACGGCGGCGUCCUGCCCGCGUCCGGAGCCGCCCUGCAGCUCCACCCAGCUCACUCUGGACCGGCGGAAAAGUCCGCCGCCGCCGCCGCCACCGAGAGCGUCGCCUCGACGACGCGGCCGCAAGCGAAGUCUGAGCCUGGGCUCCGAGCCUCUGGCCAAGCUGCCGGUAAGUUUCUUGUCGACUGCUUUCUCUCGCGUGGCCCGCGGCGAGGGCGCCGAGCAUACCGUGUGCGUCCCGCUGCCCAGGCCCGGGUGCCUGAGGGGUCGUGUCCUCUCCAGCGCACCUACGUCGAGACGACGGACGUGAGGCACACGGCCGCCGACCACAGCGUGAGCUUGGCGUCAACGUCCAGCUUUCAGUGCCCCCACUGCGACUGCUGGCGCCCGUCCCCGGGCCGCACCCCCAGCACGCCCUCGAGUCCACCGCCCAGCCCGCCCUCCGGCCCGGGCAGCAGCCGAGAUGACUCCUCGGACAUUAGCGACGAAUGCCCCUGCUGGGACGUCCAGGGGCCCGCGUGGGCCGCCGGGAGGGCGAGUGAGCCGGCCGUCAGGAGCUGGAUGCCUCCCGAAGGUGAUGCAGGCGUGACGUCGCCGUCCUUCGGUUCUGACUUCCGGUACCAAUCUCGGAUGCCGCCGUUUCCGAAAUUUCAGUGGCCUGUUUAUCUUUUUGCGGGCAAAACACUAACAUUUAGGGGACUUUUAGCCGAGUUUUGGGACCGCAGGUCAGUCAGAAAUUCUCAUGACCGUCCAGUUCACACGAGUAACGCCGCAUUUCCACAGCACAGCUCAUGGAAGGUAGCGAGUACCUUCGACUCGGUCGCGGUGGGGCUGGCGGGCUGCGGGCGGCUCCCCAGCCCCUGACCUACGACCCGGCCGACGACUCCGACGCGAGCUCCCUCCCUGAGGCCACCACCUCCGCGCUCAGGCUGCUCGCGAGGAGGUUUUAACUGCAGUAGCGUGAGCCUACCGCCAUGCUGUUGACUUAAUCCCAUCCCCCAGUGAUUUCUGUACAAUUUUAAUUAAUGAUAAGACAUAGACGUAGGAAUAAACAGAUCUUCCCAUCUUUAUUGUGUCUCUCAAACACCCUUGCCUAGCCGAAGAGCCCUCCCGGCCCUUGCGGCUUGCCGCCCUGCCUGCCACCACCCAGGCCGCCCAGGCCGCCGCCGCCAAGCCCUCCAGUCAGGCCGCCCGCGAUCUUGCCCGCCGUCCCCGC